UAUUUUGUUUAAGCUUCUUUAGACGCGGCGCGUUCGCUUUUGCAUUUAUUUCGUGUUUAUUUGUGAACAGAAAGUUACAUUAUAAUGUUGAUGGCGACAUGUACAACGUACAUCUGCAUAUUACUUUGUUAAUGGAAACAUUGUAAUUUGAAUAACGCAAACAGAAACGCUGAAGACUGCAGAAACCAAAAACCAUUCACGUUUCUACUCGCGCACUUUAAUUCAUCUCAUGUGCAGUGUGUUGUAUAUGAGUGCAUGUGUGUGUGUGUCGUACGGUGUUCGCAACUCUCUUGCUUUCGCUUAUUGGCUGUGCGGUCUUGCUGUUUCUGUUGCGCACACGUUCGCUUUUGCCGGCAGUUUCGUUAUACGUUGAAUUGACUUCGGGUUUGGUGAAGCGCAAAUCGCACAAAUGCAGUGGGAGAAUUGAAAGUCACACAGAGGCAAUAAUAAUAAUAGCAAAACCAGCAGUAUUAAUUAAUUACAAGUCGAUAUCAAACUAUCAGCAGUAGUUCAAGUCAAAACCGAUGAAUCUAAGUCAAACCGAUUCAAAGGAAAUUCGUUAAAUGCGGCUUAACUUAAUGCCAUUUUCGGUUUGUGAUAGAAACCAGGAAAUUCGGCCUGCGUAACCGCAGCAACCAAAGGAGCACAAGCAGAUUGAAGCAGCAGCAGCAACAGAACAACUACAGAAGCAAAGGCAAAAACUGGACACAAAGUGUAUCAAUUAUAAUACGGGUGCAAGGCAAACGACGACGAAGGAUUCAACAUCGGGGGGAGCAGCCACAUUCACAAUGACAACAACAUCUACAACCACAAUUACCUCAGAUCCGGGCAUUCUGUGUUUUCAUCACUGCAACGUGAAAGUUUUCUGCUUCACAUUGCCACACACUUGCCCCCAUUGCAACGCGCAACUGGAUGCGGAUGCAAAUGCCGCUCCAGACAACGCAACUGGAGAUGCGACCAUAACGAGGCUGCUGCCCUUUCGUUUACCCUAUCCCUUCGUCCGUGCCACACAACAUCCCUGCGCCAUUGUCCUGCGACCCUCGACGGGCGAUUUUCUCAACGAUUACAGCAACGCGACAGAUUUGCAUAUCGCGGUGACCACAUCCGCCGGCGACAUUGUCGAAUUCGAUAGGUACGGACUGCGACGGCAUCGGCGCGACGAUAAUCCCCGCGACUGGCGGCAGUCGUUGCUCGUCGGUGAUUUGCCGGAGCCCUGGCACGACUACUGGGAUGAGAUCCUCGAGCAGAUAUGCGGCCAGUCGUCGCGUUGGUCCAUCGAAUGCUACGAGGAGACUAGCCACAAUUGCUACGCAUUUGUCCUGGCCUUCCUGCAGGCGCUGGGCCAUGCUCAGCUUAGCGAUGCCGCCCGCACCAAGACCAGCUUCUGUGAGAAGUACAUUGUGCCCCGCACCACCACCGCCGGCAAAUACAUCUCGCUCUAUCGCAGACUGCGACACGCGGGCAUCCAUGUGCAUCGCCAGCAGCCGAAGCAGUCCAAACACCGUGCCCCCAGAGUGGAUAUCUGCGAUGGCUUGGACAACAGCAAACUGCCAACGAACAAAACAAAGUUCGCCAACAAUAUGACAGCACGUUCACUUGGGCGUCAAAAGCUUUGCACCAUCGAGGAGUGACCCAGACGAAAUCAAAUCUCAACCAUUAGAGUCUAAGAUCACAUAGAAUUUCCUAUAUUCCUAGAUAGUUAUUUGUUCCUACGGUUUACAUAACUUUUGUAUUAUACGAAAUGCCCGCUUUGACUUCAUUUUAUGUUAUUCGUCCUUAUACUUUAUAAAUCUGUAUUUGUAUUUGUUUAACUUUAAGAGCGAUGUUAAUAAGCAAACAGUUUACACAGUUAUGUGUUUAAUGUGAUUUUAAACAGUGA